AUGAAAGUAAUAGUUGCAAGUUUUCCAAAAACGGGUACAAAGUCCAUGAACUUGGCACUCACAAAACUUGGAUACAAAGUGUAUGAUUUCAUCGAAAACGGUGUUUAUCUCCGCGAGGAAUGGUGUACGAUUUUUAAUGAUGGUUGGACGACAGAAAUGUUCAGGAAAAUGUAUGAGGAUAUUGAUGCAGUGGUGGAUUUACCUGCGUGUUAUUUUUGGGAAGAAAUUCACAAAGCUUUUCCUGAUGCAAAGAUCAUUCUAACGAUGAGAGAAAGUGAAGACGUCUGGUAUAAGAGUAUUUUGAGACAACUGAUUGUCGGAGACGAAAAUUAUACUUUUCGUUUGAUGCAAAUACUAUCAUCUUCUCAAAGAAGGUUGUUACAUGGAACUGGAUACGGAACUGGACUUGCGGUCUUCGGGGACAAACAAAUAUUUGAUUCAAAGUGGUUUGGUAGGAAAAUUAAUGAACAACUUAUGAAAAUGAAAUACAGAGCUCAUAAUGCUUAUGUGCUGCAGAACGCUCCCAGGGACAAAUUUUUGUUGUUCAACAUGAAAGAAGGUUGGGAGCCACUGUGUAAGUUUCUUGGUGUUCCAGUUCCAGUUGAACCGUUUCCACACAAAAAUGCGGGCGGGACGAUACUUAAUGAACUCCUGACAACUCAUCCAGCCGUAAUAAAAAUGAAAAAGGAAUUCGUAAUAUCUUCAGCGGUUUUGUGCACAAUGGCGAUUCUGAUAUUGUUCCUGGCGCGCAAAAAGGAUUUUCGCAGUUUUGUAUCAGGAUUAUUCAGAAGUGCAUUAAAAACUAUUGGGUGGUACAAGGAUCGAAAGGUGUAAUAGAGAAUAUUAGACUAUUUUGGACACAAAGUGUACCUAUGGAUCGUUAUAUUGUUGUUGUUUUUAUUCUUCUUGUUGGUAUUUUUUUUCGUAUCGUUAUGAAAAAAUCGCUGAAAGGGUAGACAACAUCAAAAUUAAAAAUAGCGCACCGUGUGGCGGUUCCGCCAUCGCAUUUAAGCGAUGUGGUGCUAAUCGAGGAACGCAGUGAUCAUUGAGGCACGGUUAGUCGCGAGUUUCAUUUCAAAAAGAAAAGCUUCCGGAACAAGACUUUGAAAAAAGAAAUUCUAGCUCAUAAGAUUUAAAUCUCUGAAAAUAUCAAAAAAAUUUGCAGCACAAACAAUAUACACACACUCACUUUAGCUUUCUACUUCACUUUCCCCCAAAUUUUUUCUUUUCCACUCUUUCGUUUUUACACACACCAACCUCCUCUUCCCCUCAAUCCUCCCAACCGUACUCUCCCACCCCAACAAAACCCAAAUAAGGUGAGAGGAUCGUCGAGUCGAAAUUUAUAGCUCGUUCUACUUUGGUUGACGAAUUUUUAAUAAAUGAUCAUUAAUGGGGGUAAAUCUUGUAAUCUUGUUUGAACAAGGGGUAAAAUAUGCAAAAAAGAUUAAGAACCACUGUGCUAGACUUAUUUGCAACUUGCUCUUUGCAGAGCAGCUAUCAAAUCUAUUGCCUUUGAAUAUGUUUUGUUUAGGGUUCUCUCUACCACUGAUCGUUCUGAAUUAUUCCUGUCAUUGCAUUUGGUCAUAAACGUUCCCUUUGU